GCCAAGAAGCCAGCUUUGCCUCCCCAGCUUUACUCUACAAGCAUGUCCUCAGACGUGCAGCCGUGUGAUGAAGCGGACCAACUAACUUCCAGAGAGCACCGGACGAAGGUAACCCGCUGCACGAGUAGCAGAAAAGCCUGAGAGCAGGGGCACCCCAAGUUGACCCCAUCCGGAGACUUCUUCCUGGGCUGAACACAAUGGAGACUGUUUGACAGUGGAAGUGGAGGUUUACUGUACAGUAGCUCAGCUGGAGUUCCUCACCCCUUCAUGACAUGCAGUGAGCCGAUGCCACUAACAGGUGCAAAGGCGAUUCAACGCCUGAACUCCAACUGAAUAAAAUAACAUCCCCAAGACCAGAUGCAAUGGAGAUGUUCAAUUUCACCAACUUCACCUACUGGAAUGCCUCAGAAGGCACUGACGCAGGGCCUGUCACUGAACCCGAAAGCCCAUACAAGACUGUGGAGGUGGUGUUCAUCGUAUUGGUGGCUGGGUCCCUCAGCCUGGUCACCGUUAUUGGAAAUAUCCUGGUCAUGCUUUCCAUUAAGGUCAAUAGGAACCUACAGACUGUCAACAACUACUUUUUAUUCAGCCUUGCAUGUGCUGACCUAAUCAUCGGGCUGUGUUCCAUGAACUUGUAUACAGUAUACAUAGUGAUUGGCUACUGGCCCUUAGGGCCUGUGGUGUGUGAUCUGUGGCUAGCCUUGGACUAUGUAGUGAGUAACGCAUCUGUCAUGAACCUACUCAUCAUCAGUUUUGACAGAUACUUCUGUGUCACAAAGCCCCUCAGCUACCCUGUCAAAAGGACCACCAAGAUGGCAGGGAUGAUGAUUGCUGCUGCCUGGGUCCUGUCCUUCAUUCUGUGGGCCCCGGCCAUCCUUUUCUGGCAGUUCAUCGUGGGCGGGCGAACAGUGCCUGAGAGGGAGUGUUACAUUCAGUUCUUCUCUAAUGCAGCAGUCACCUUCGGCACAGCCAUCGCAGCCUUCUACCUGCCCGUUAUCAUCAUGGUCAUUCUCUACAUACAGAUUUCUAUAGCCAGUAAAAGCCGGGUAAAGAAGGAGACCAGGAAGCCGUCAGGGCCCAACCCAGAGGCCCUGUCCCACGAGCAGGCAAGGUGCAGUAAUUCUGCCAAGCCCAUCAACAACAACGUGACAGCAGAGGACACAGGGCAGUGCAGGACCGAAGCCAUAGAUGACGUGGCCAACCAGCACGACGGUAAACUGCAGAACGGCAAGGGCCCGUCCACCACGGGUGGAGAGGGGGAGAUGGAGGGUGUGGACAGGGGUAGGGACAACUGUGCCCACGGAGAGGAGAAAGAGAGCUCCAACGACUCUACAUCUGGCAGUGCAGCGGCGUCCAACCACAAAGAAGAAGAAGCGGUGCCAUCCAGAGCAAACUGCAACACCGAGCUCGUUCAGCAGCCAACCCGCCACCGGGCCAAGGCAGGCGGCUCCAAACUCACCUGCAUCAAGAUUAAGACCAAGUCUCCCAAGGGGGACUGCUACACGCCCUCCAACGCCACGGUGGAGAUCGUCCCCGCCACGGAGAAGCAGAACCACGUGGCGCGGAAAAUCGUGAAGAUGACCAAGCAGCCGCCCAAGAAGAAGAAAGCGCCACCGUCUCGGGAGAAGAAGGUGACCCGUACCAUCAUGGCCAUCCUGGUGGCCUUUGUGGCCACCUGGACCCCUUACAAUGUCAUGGUGCUCAUCAACACCUUCUGCUCCAGCUGCAUCCCCAGCACAGUCUGGACUAUCGGCUACUGGCUGUGCUACAUCAACAGCACCAUCAACCCCGCCUGCUAUGCCCUCUGCAAUGUCACUUUCAAAAAGACAUUCAAACAUCUCCUCCUCUGCCAAUACAAAAACAUUAGGUCAGCUAGAUGAAUAUGGAUGUGAGUGUGCGAGUGUGGAUGUGAGCGUGUGUGUGUGUGUGUGUGUGUGUGUGUGUGUGUGUGUGUGUGUGAGAGAGAGAGAGAGGUUUAUGAUGUGCUCCCUUUCCUUUGUUUUUACUCUACGGCUCAUAAGAGAACAUGUAUCCUGCAGCCAUGUUGGGUUUGGCUCUGAUGAAUGAGAUUUGUGAUGCAACUGUUGAGACAUAAGACUUACAAAGAAGCACACAGCCAGGAGAACAAAUAGACCGAACUUGAAAAGGACAGUUGGAUAGAGAGCUCUGCACUGCACAAGACGAAUUCUAAGGGAAAAUAGGGCUGACUGAAUUCACGUACUUCCCGUUUGAAAUUCAGAAAAGAAAACCUGUAUAUAUCAAUGUAUACGCAAAAUCUAAGUGUGUGUGUGUGUGUGUGUGUGUGUGUGUGUGUGUGUGUGCAUCAGUCUGAGCGUGACAGAAUGAUCCAUCACACAGUUUCAGUGGAGAUGUCCGCCAGUAAAGACAGCACAAGGACAUACAGAACAUACUACAAACUGUUAUCUGUAUGCCGGUGGCACUCUGUGUUGGCGGCACACAAAGCAGAGCAGCUUGUCUAAACUUCCUCUCUGACAUGUUCAUAUACGACUGAGUAAUAUGGCUGGGAGCCUUCCUAUCUCCAGGGAUGGACCAUAAGUGGCCCCUGAAGGGCAUAGCAGGACAGAGACCAGACCUGGCCAGGGUCACCUCUCACCACAACGCAGGACUGAGGUUAGGAAACUUAUUUUGAAAAAUGGUCAUAAGUAAACAAAUAAAUAGAUCAUGUAAAAAUGCAUCAAAAAAGGCAUUGUUCAAUUACGUUAUUUAGCUUGCUAUUCGUUUUCCACAUACUUUUAGAUGAUCGGCGAUUUGAUCUCUAACAAUUCAUUACAUGAAGAGUUUGACGUUUAUUUGAUUGUAUAUUAAGAUAUUUUUUUAGUCAGAUAGUCUAAACUCUUAGGGAAAAAAAGGUGCUAACUAGAACCAAAAAGGGUUAAUUGGCUGUCACCGUAGGAGAACCCUUUGAAGAACCACCUUUUGGUUCCAGGUAGAACCCUUUUGGAUCCAGUAGAACUCUUUUGCGUUCCAUGUAGAACCCUUUCCACAGAGAGUUCUACAUGGAACCCAAAUAAACAAAAAGGGUUCUAUCUGAAACCAAAAAGGGUUCUCCUAUGGGGACAGCUUCAGAACCCUUUUGGAGCCAGUUUUCUACAAGUGUGUUGAUGCUUGGAGCUUGUAAACACAUUGAGGGUGGCAGUUGGCAGGGGCUUGGAGCCAAAGCCUAUUCAAUUAUACAGGAAGGGAUCUUGUGCUUUUCCAGGGGUGAGUUGGAUAUUCCUCUGAGAUUGGAUUUUCAACAUAAUUUAAUCCCGCUGUGUUGCAGAUGUUACCGCCUGUGACAAGAGCCUGUUGUAUGUCAGUCCUGACUGAUAAUGAAGAGAAAGAUUGAAAAGGGUUGUAUUUUUCUCUUGCUGUCAUCAGAGGUGGUUUGUAUUCGUUGAGUAGGGGUUACCAAGGCUGUAGAGUGAUUGAAAGAGUGUCAUAUCGUGGAGAUUUUAGAGGUUAUUUCAGUCCAUGUUUCUGUUGUUACUCCGGAAUGGGAUUAAAUACCAAUAAUCACAGGCCAUGGCCUUGUGAAUUAUAAGGGCUACUCGAUGUUAGAUGUACUAAUUCAUCUACAUGUGUGUGUGUGUGCGUGUGUGUGUGUGCGUGUGUGUGUGUGUGUGUGUGUGCGCGUGUGUGUGUGCGCGUGUGUGUGUGCGCGUGUGUGUGUGCGCGUG